UGACGAUGACCUCGGAGAAGGUGCCGCUGACCCCCCAGCCGCCAGUGCCGCCCUCCAACAUCACGGCCGCCCGUGGCCUCUUUGACACGGCCAUGGGCCCGCUCCAGCGCCAGCUGCGUGCCGGGGAGUACAACAUCUUCAAGUGGGCCUCCAUGUUCGAGGCCGACUUCGUCCAGGUGAGCAAGCAGGGGGGCGCCCUGGACGUCCACAACCAGGUGCAGCUGGUCCGAGCGGCCAUUGUGGCCACCAGCCCCAGCCUCCAGGUGCCCAACGUCCUGCUCCUGGCCCGACCCUUGACCCCUGCCACUGACCCACGGGCCCCCCACAAGCUCCCCGGAAACAACAAUGCCGGAAGCAACCUAGUCACCAGGUUCGAGCUGACCAGGAUGAUGACCUUGUGGUUGUGGUUCCCUAGGCUGCUGCCCUUGUGCUUUGUGAAGAUCUCCAUCCACGACCUGGAGCGCCAGCAGUUGCGCUUCAAGCUGGCCACCGGGCGCACCUUCUACCUGCAGCUCCUCCCGCCGCCAAGCGAGGGCGCCGCCCCCUCCGCCGACUUCCAGGCCUGGGUCAAGGUCGUCCACCUCCUGCGGCCCCCCGCUGACCCCACCGAGGAAGAGGCCAAAGCCCACGACCUGGCCACCGCCGCCGGGCUCAGCCUCCUCCACACGCCCCUGCCCUUAGAAGUGGUGCCAGAACCGGAUGCUCGUGUUCUGCGGGUGACUCAUGGCUCCAAAACAAGGCGGCACCUGCCUAUCCGAAUCCCUAGACAGCAUAACAACACCCAGACGAGCCUCCUGUUGUGA